AAUGAAAACGUAGGGGCAACAAUAGAGAGGGGGAGAGAGGGAUCUGUAUCCACUGACAAUCUCUGGAGGAAGUUAGUGUCUCAGGCUGCGGCGAGUAGCAACCUCGGCUCCUCCUGGACAGUUUAAACUUUCUGUCGGGGAGGAAUGAUCUCUCCUCUAGGCUCCUGCUCUUUUUGGAUUUUAACUCGACAAUAUCUUCAUAUUUUUUGCUUCUUCUGCAGACUCCUCGAACAGUUUACUUUAGAGUUUCGGUCAUAGUUUUUUCCUUUUCUUCUUGCACCAUAAUCUCAUCAGUAGAAAGACAUCGUUGACUUCACCUGUUGCCCAGAGAUGUUGAGAAUCGCCGAGCAGAUGUGAACGGCUCAACACCAGCAUAACUCAAACAAAUCGUUCAAAAGAAAGCCGUUUUCUAGUUUCUAGUUCAGUUACAUCAGUGAGGAACACGGGCAUGGAUCUGAGACCGGAGCACCCCACAGUCUCCUCUGCCUCUCAAGUCCACCCAGGGGCGGCGGCGGCGGCGGCGGCGGCGGCGGCAGCCUCCAUCCCGGUGUCCAUGGCCAGCAGCCUUCUGCGCGGCCCUCCGCUCAUCUUGCGCGCCGCGGACAAGUACCCGCGUACCCCGAAGUGUGCCCGCUGCAGGAACCACGGCGUGGUUUCCGCGCUGAAGGGUCACAAGCGCUACUGCCGCUGGAAGGACUGUAUGUGCGCCAAGUGCACGCUGAUCGCCGAGAGGCAGCGAGUGAUGGCAGCGCAGGUGGCGCUGCGGCGGCAGCAGGCGCAGGAGGAGAACGAAGCCCGGGAGCUGCAGCUGCUCUACGGCACGGCGGAGGGACUGGCCCUGGCCGCCGCCAACGGCAUCAUCCCCCCGCGGCCAAACUACGAGGUCUUUACCUCUGUCAACAGCGAGAGUAACUCAGAGUCAAGUAUCCAGAAGUAUGAGCUGUUUUCUAAGAGCCAGCUGUCCGGAUCCGCCAGCUCUCAGCAGUCUGCUAUGGGGAAACCGGCGUCUACCGAAAAUGACUCGGCCCCGGGCAUGUCGUCCCCAGACGGCCGACAUGGAGGCUCGGGUUCAGAGAACGGAGACAGCGAGUCUUUCAUCAACUCGCCGGUCUCCAAGCCUUUAAAAGACGGAGGGGAAACUCCUGGCUCCGUCAGCUCCAUUGCCUCUGAUUCCGGCUCUGAGACCGACAAAGACGAGCAGGAGCCGUCCCCUUCCUCUGCGGCCUCCCGGCACAUGAACGCCAUCGACAUCCUGACCCGAGUGUUCCCCAGCCACAAGCGGAGCGUCCUGGAGCUCGUCCUGCAAGGCUGCGGUAAGGACGUGGUGCAGGCCAUCGAGCAGAUCCUCAACAACAGCGGCGCACAGAGCUCCAACAAGGCCGGGACAGCUGAGACGUGGACGGCCGAGCGGGUGCUCCAAAACGCACAGCAGCCUCCGCCGUCCUCCGCAUCCACAACCGCCCCGACGAGGCCCAUGUUACCCGGAGCCAUGACGCUCAGUAACCGCUCUGCAUUUUCUCCUCUCCAGCCAAACUCCCCGCACUUCGGCGCCGACCCCAGCACCUAUCCUUUGGGCACCCACCUGGGACUGAACCCUCUGCGGCUGGCCUACUCUGCGCACAGCCGGGGACUGGCUUUCAUGACGCCCUACUCCACCACCGGGUUGAUGCCCACCCUGGGCUUCAGACCCCCGAUAGACUAUGCCUUUAGUGACCUGAUAAGGGACAGGACAAUGUUACACAAGGAGCAAGGCUAUGCCAGCGGCCUGUACGGGCCCUUGGUCAACAACACGCCAGAAAAACAGUGAGGCUGGUGGACUGACCACAGAGACACAUUACAUUGUAUUUGUAGCCACAAGUGUUGAAUGUUCUGGCGAAAUUCUGUGAUGUGUUUUGACUACAGGCUGCUGUACAUAAUAGGAUUAUCUGGCUUGUAGUCAAAUGGUCUGAGAUAAAUAAUAAUAAAAAAAAAAAACUAAACUCACUUAUGUGUAAUUUUCAAAAAUAAUUUUAUAUGUUUGACUAAGAAAGUUUGGAUGACAUUCCCCAGGUAUGAAGUUGAUCAAUAAAAUAAAAGUGAAGCUGAAAAGAUAUUUAUAGAUUCCAAAAUAAAUCACAACGAAGCUGGGAAAGUAAAAAAGUAAACCCAGCAGAGUUAUGACCUGUUUAAAGCCCAUCACAUUUCUCAGCUGGUUGGUGAAACUGAAGUGCAUAUGAUGUUUAAAAUCAAACUUUAAAUAUGCAUUUCUCUCACACACUCGGGAUAUUAAUUGAGUCAAAAUUAAGUUAUUAUAACAUGUAGAUGACGGAUAUUAACCCUAUUUCCUGAUGUACAAGUUGAACUAAUGAUGUGUAAAUGCCACCCCUUUUUUUCUUGUCUUAUUUCACUUAUCUCGUCUAUUUGUUUAGUUAAUUUCCAACUGCCUGUAUUAAAUAUUGCAUUUGGUAAUAUACUAUAUUUGACUUUCAUUUAUCCGCUAGUCAGCUCAAUUUUUUUUUGUGACAAAGUGCUGGAUCAAGUCAGUUCAUCUUCAAAUGUUAAGCUGUGCUGUCACAUUGUAUGAAUAUGCUGGAAAUAAAUGUUAUUUUAACGAAA